AUGUCACAUAGAAUCAAAUCGAGAAUCCCUGAACAGUUGGGGAAGCUGCAAGACGGCCGUGUGGUGGCCGUUAAGCGCCUGUACGAGAACAACUUCAAGCGGGUUGAGCAAUUCAUGAACGAAGUGGAGAUCCUGACUAAGUUACGCCACGACAACCUCGUCACGCUCUACGGCUGCACAUCGAAGCGAAGCCGCGAGCUCCUCUUGGUCUAUGAGUACAUCCCUAACGGCACAGUGGCUGAUCAUUUAACGGCAAGCGGUCCAACUCUGGUCUGCUCUCCUGGCCGAUCCGGCUAA